CUUAAGCUGUUGGUGUUUGUUUAUCCUUGUCUCUCCUGGGCUGCAGGUUGCCUUUCUCGGGUGAAGACAGUGGCCUCAGGCCCUGCAGUAGGGAAGAUCUCGGAGUCUGUCUGGCUCACCUGUCACAUCUCAGGUGUGGCCAUCAACAACAGCAACUACGCGUGGGACUGGAUCCGGCAGACUCCUGGCAAAGAGCUGCAGCACUUAGUGAUGCAGUAUCCUUUCACACAGCUCCAGCACAUCGCUUCAGCCUUCCAGAGCCGAGUCAGCAGCUCUGCAGACCCCUCCAGGAACCAGCUGUGGCUGCAACUGCUCUCGCCAGCAGCUGCAGACACAGCCACCUAUUUCUGCACCAUGAGAGAACUUGAAAAGGGCACAGUGCUUGAAAUGCAGGCAAGGCCGGGGCAGAAUUGGAAGGAGGGGUUUAAAAAUCUAGCCAGAUCUUUUGUGGUUGCUGCACUGCAAGGCUCUUCCCAGCCUUCUCAAGACUACAAAAGACUACAAAAGACUACAAGAGACUAUGUUACUGCUGCACUUGUCUUUGGGAAUGGAACUCAACUGACCGUGGAGCCAAACGUUCCGAAAAAAUCCAUCCCUCACGUCAUUGUGAUGAAAUCAAAGAAACUGGAAGAAGGUGGCAGCCCUGGGAAAGCAGCUUGUUUGGCAAGGAAUAUUCACACAAAGAGCAUCAGCCUGGAGAUGCCCUCUGAGGAGCUCGUCUAUGAACAGAGCACAUCCAUUUGGACAUCAGAGGGGUACAAUGCAAUUAAAGUGGUCACUGUGGCAAGAGACACAGAGGUGACCUGCACGGCCAAAUUCGACAACAGCACGAUGACAAAAACACAGUCAGUCCUGAAGUUUAAAAUGCCUUUUCUUUAUCAUGCUGCAGAAGAGGAGGCUGAAGAAGCAGUGGCAGGGACCAGUGAGAGGGUUUGCAACAGCACAGAGCCCUCAGCACAAGAUGCUGAAGGGCAGAGAGUGAACAUGCUGUCCAUGGCUGUGUUGGGUUUGAGAGUCCUGCUGGCAAAGAGCAUCGCCUUCAACACCCUCAUGAGUAUCAAGUUGUUUCUGUUCUGAGCUGAGGGAGCUCUCAGCUAUCAAACACUGCUUCCUAGGCCCAAUUUCAUUCCAUGUCGUUUCAAGCCCCCUUUGCUGUUCCAGUCCUGGAGAAUGAAGGCAAGAGGAACCCGAAGAAGAGCAGGAAAGAACGUGAAGCAGCAGCACAAGGGGCUGGAACAAGCAGAGCGAGAGCAGCUGACAGAGAGCAGCCAGGACACAAGGCAGCACCUUCCCCUGAAGCCAUUGAACACUGCUCACUGCUGCCUGGCCAGCUCAUUUCCACUGAACAGCUUGAAGUGCUUUUGCUCUUUGCUCUCCUCUGAGAACUGAGGGGAGUGCAUUUAUCCUCAUCCUCCUGCUAAGUCAUCUCCCCACUCUUGUGCCAUUUGCACACAAGUGUCCAAGCUGCUUCAAUAGCUUUGUAAACUCCAAUAUUCACCCUAGAUAUGUGGCUUUCUAAUAAGUGUGUAUUUCUGAGUAGUAGAGCUGUGUAGGAUCUGCAGUGUCAUCGUUAAUCCAGAUAAUGUUCAUUUCUUAAUUAAGCCUGUAUUUCUU